AGGCCCAGAAACCUUUCAAACCCAAUCCGCUUUGCAACCAUGGCGUCCGAUGCCGGGAAAGUUGAGAUGCUGUUUUUCCCAUACGUCGGUGGCGGCCACCUCAUCCCUAUGGUCGACCUCGCCAGAGUAUUCGCUUCUCGGGGAGCUAAAUCCACCAUCAUCACUGCUCCAGAUAAUGCCCUGCUCAUCCACAAAGCCAUUCUUCGUGAUCAGAAACUUGGCCACGACGUCAACCUCCACACCCUCGAGUCACCUUCGGCUCCCGUCUCCUUCAGCGACAUGUCCGCGCCGCCGUUCACUGACACCACGGUGCUCCGGGAGCCGCUCCGUCAACUGCUCAUCCAACGGCCACCCGACUGUGUCGUCACUGACAUGUUCCACCGUUGGGUAGCCGACGAUGUCCACGAGUUGGGCAUCCGGAUCAUCGUCUUCAACGGCAGCGGUUGCUUCCCUCGAUGUGGAGAAGACAGCCUUCGACGCUAUUCGCCCCAUGAGAAGGUGGGUUCGGAAUCGGAGGUCUUUGUUCUGCCGGGUCUUCCUGAUAGGAUCGAAUUGACGAGGUCUCAGGUUCCACACUUUGAUCGAACACCCAACAAGCGCCCGAAGAUGAUGAACUGGGAAGCCAAGACUUAUGGGUCGGUUGUCAACAGCUUCUACGAGCUGGAGCCUGCUUAUGUAGACUAUUUCAGGAACCAAAUGGGGAAGAAGGUGUGGCUCGUCGGACCGGUUUGUCUCUGCAACAAAAAUAUUGAAGAUAAAGCUGGGAGAGGCCAAGAGGCCUCCAUUGAUGAGCAGGCCUGUUUGAACUGGCUCGAUUCGAAACAGCCCAACUCCGUUCUGUAUGUUAGUUUCGGGAGUUUGGCUCGUCUCCCCCCUCGACAACUUCUAGAGAUCGCCUGCGCUCUUGAGGCGUCCGGCCGGCCCUUCAUAUGGGUGGUGGGGAAAGUAUUCCAAACCGUCGCAGGAGGAGAAGAAAAUUGGCUUCCUUCGGGCUAUGAGGAGAGAAUGGUGGAAUCGAAGAAGGGUUUAAUAAUAAGGGGAUGGGCGCCCCAAUUGCUGAUUCUAGAACACGCCGCCAUCGGAGGAUUCGUGACUCACUGUGGGUGGAAUUCCACGCUGGAGGCAGUGUGCGCCGGGGUUCCGAUGAUAACGUGGCCGCUGACGGCAGAGCAAUUCUUGAAUGAGAAGCUGGUGACGGAUGUAUUGAGGGUUGGGGUUAGGGUGGGGAGCAUGGACUGGAGGUCGUGGAAAGAUGAGCCAACGGAGGUGGUGGGAAGGGAGAAGAUGCAGACGGCGGUGGAGAGGUUGAUGGGCGGCGGAGAAGAGGCGGUGGAGAUGAGAAGCCGAGGGAGAGAGGUGGCGGAGAAGGCAAAGAGGGCUGUUGAAGAGGGCGGGUCAUCAUACUCAGAUGCCAUCGCUUUGAUUGAGGAGCUUAAGGCUUGCCGGAAAGAUGGAAAAUUUUGAGAGCUCAGUGGCUAAUAUUUAAUGGGAGAAAGCAAAUCCUUGCAUUAAGACUGACUGCAAAUUUGAAAAUAUCGCUGAUAUCAUUUGGAGUUUAAACCGGUCUUUGGAUGAAGAAGAUGUGAGCCAAAUUGAAGGGACAAUGGUGGGUGGGAAAAGAUGCCAGACUGCAGGUAAAGAGAUUGAUAUGGUAUUUGGGUUCUUAAGGGUGUGAGAUGGGUUGGUUUGAAUUCAUUGAAUCAAACAGGGGCAAAGCAACUUGGUAAGUUUGCAUGAUUAGAGUCAGCCCGUAGAGCUUGUUAUUUUGUUUUGCCUUUCCGUAACUUCCAUUGUAUUGUAGGCUAUGAGUUUGGAAAGUGUUUUACUCUUUUUCAACA